CGCACAGCUAUCAAGUGAGAGAGAAGACUCAACCAGCCAGAGCCCUAGGCACUCCUGCUCUACAGGAGACAUGCGUGAUGCGGAAGCAGGCAUGUGAGAAAGUGUUCCCGAGCUGCAGAGCGCUCACUGCCGUGAAGAUCAAGGAGUGGAAAGUUCUCCGCCAGCCCCGAAGCCUCGAGAGUGACAUUUCUGGAAUCAGUAAACGUGAUUAAAAUUCUUUUGGAAUCUGCUUUGCCAGUGUGAAAUCUAUGCAAGAUUUCAUCAUGGGAAAUGGCUAUUACAACAUGGUGGCAACUGUGCUGUUGUUUAUGAAUUUCGAGAGGACAAGAUCAAUACAAGAUUCCUGUAGCAACUGCCCAGCUGGUACUUUCUGCGGGAAAAACAAGGACCAGAUUUGCAUUCCCUGUCCUCCAAAUAGUUUCUCCAGCAUAGGAGGACAAAAGGCCUGCAACAUAUGUAGGCGGUGUGAAGGUGUUUUCAGGACCAAGAAGGCGUGCUCCCCCGACAGCGAUGCAGAGUGUGAGUGUGUGUUGGGAUUCCACUGCGUGAGGGCAGGAUGCACCAUGUGUGAACAGGAUUGUAAACAAGGUCAAGAAUUAACAGAAGAGGGUUGUAAAGACUGUGGCUUUGGGACAUUUAACGAUCAGAAACAUGGCAUCUGUCGACCCUGGACAGACUGCUCUUCAGAUGGAAAGUCCGUACUUGUGAAUGGGACGCAGGAGAGGGACGUGGUGUGUGGACCUGCUUCAUCCGACUUUCCGCCAGGUACACCCUCGAACACCGUUCCUGCACCUGUGAGAAGGCCAGAUCUCGACGGUUCCUGGCUCGUGACCGGGCUCGUGCUGACCCUGGCUGCCGUCUUGUUCCUGGUAUUCUCCCUCGUGCUCCGUUUCUCUCUUGCUAAGCAGAGCAGAAAGAAGCUCCUGUAUAUAUUCAAACAACCCUUUAUAAAACCAGUACAAACCACCCAAGAGGAAGAUGCCUGUAGUUGCCGAUUUCCAGAAGAAGAGGAAGGGGAAUGUGAACUGUGAAAUGGAAAUCCAAAGAGACGUUGGAAUGCUCUUGAGAAGAAGAAAUGCAAGUGAUCCCUCUAACAUGUCUUCUAAAAUUAAAAACACCAUCCUAGAUAACACCCAGGAUUACACCCCAGAGUUUUUUUCCAGCUGCCAAUGGGUUGACCAUAAAAAAUGUACCAUUUUUAAAAGAACAUAAGUAUGGGCCAAAGUUGGUAGUAAAAGGUCAUUUUCUUAGUCACUACUUAAGACUUGGACUAGUUCUUUUUUUUUUAUUCCAAAGAGAAUUAUGUUUUUAAUGGAGUCAUAUAGGUUCAGUGGUUCAGAUAAAAUUAUAAUCAAAAUCAAUUCAGUUUUUGUGUGUGUGUGGCAAUAAGCCAUAAAACUCAGAUAAACCCCAACCAAAAUUCCAUUGGUUCUGUCAUUGAGCACAACAAUCUUCUCUGCUGCCACGGAGAGAAUGGUGAGAGGGCCCAAGACUGGGGUCAAGAGGAAAUAAAUCCGAGACCUCAAGGACGGGCAUCUGGAAGUGUUCAAGCUUCUUGGCAUAUCCUCUGGUCCUUUCCAUCAUUUCGUCUGCCUUUGCUCUACUCCCCUCUGAGCCAAGUCUUAACACCUUUUAUUUUUAAAAAUGUUUUAUAUGAUAUUCGAUGCACAAAAACUAAUACCUGAAACGUGUUUCCAAGUUAAAAGCAGAAUGAACACCUGUGAACCUGAGCGCUGGAGCGGAGGUUGUCAAACUUCACCCGUGGACCAAAUAUGAGCUGCCACCUCUUUGUAUAGCCCAUGAGCUAAGAAUGGAUUGAACAUUUUUAAAUGAUUUUAAAAAAUCAAAAGAAGAGUAAUGCAUCAUGAUGCAUAGAAUUAUAAGAAAUCCAA